AUGGAUGUAUAUGAUUUUCCAAAUUUACGAAAGGGUGAAUCAAUUGCAGCUCAGAUCUGGGUAUCCGACGCCGAUAAGAAAAACCAAGUUAUAUCUGGAUGGGAGGUCGAUCCUGAACAAUAUGGUGAUAGCAAAACACAUUUCUACGUAGACUGGACGACUGACUUGAAGGAUGGGUGUCGUAACUUGGGUUGUCUUGGCUUUGUACCUGUAAACAUAGCUACCAUUACUCCAGGAGAUACCUUGGAGCCCUCUACAGGGAAAAUCAGCUUGAAGAUAUUUAAGAGUAAAGAAGAUGGAGAUUGGUGGUUGCAUUAUGGACAUGAUAUCAAUAAUCUUAAUCCAGUGGGGUAUUGGCCAAAAAGUCUUCUCCCUAACAUGCCAGACCAUGCAGGCAAUAUAGUAUGGGGGGGAACUGCUGGUUCGUACAAUGGCCAAGUUAGUCCACCAAUGGGGAAUGGGCAGUGGCCACGAAGCAAUUCAGCGGCAUCUUUUCAAAAUGUUCAGUAUGUCGACUUCAACGGUCAGGGUUAUGACCCUCCUGGAUAUAGUCUUCAUGCUAUAGAGACCCAUAGAAAAUGCUAUCAAACUGGUGUAUUUCAGCUCAGAGUUCAGGGUAACAUGUUCCACUAUGGGGGCCCAGGUGGCUGCACUAGUUAG